CGACCCCACGGGGGCGGGGCUAGAGAAGCGGAAGCCCUUCCGGCCGCCCGGAGGCACCCGGCGCGGUUUGGCAGCAUGGCUGACGAAGAGGAGGACGCGCAGUUUGAAGAAGACGCGGAAGAAGCUGGAGGCGGCUUGGAUGGUGGGCAAGGCAAGAGGAAGAGGCUGUUCUCCAAAGAAUGUGAGUCGAGCCCGGCCAGAAAGCCCAGCGCCGCGCUGACGGUAAGAUGCAUGAUGUAUGGAUUUGGGGAUGACCAGAACCCUUACACAGAGUCAGUGGACAUUCUUGAAGACCUGGUAAUAGAGUUUAUCACAGAAAUGACACACAAGGCCAUGUCAAUUGGGCGGCAGGGUCGUGUACAGGUGGAGGACAUUGUCUUUCUGAUACGCAAGGACCCCCGGAAGUUUGCCAGAGUUAAAGACCUCCUAACUAUGAAUGAAGAACUGAAACGAGCCAGAAAGGCCUUUGAUGAAGCAAACUAUGGAUCUUGAUUCUGUGCACAAGCUGUACUGAGGCAUUACUUGGGCACUUGCUGCCCAAAAGGAACAUCAUGCAUGUUGUUUGGAGGAACUAUUCAGGGUGGAGGUCACUGCUGGAAUGUCUGCCCUCGCUCCUAGCCUUUUCUGAGAAGUAUCCAAGCAGCUGGAUGUUGUCUAUGCGGUAUACUUGGG